CUGAUGAGUAGAUCGUCGGAGUUGUUUCUCGUCCAUAAAGGACACUUCCUUUUUUGAAGUCCUUUCUAGUCGGCUGCACUGCAAACUGGCAUAAUCUAGACAUACUUACGAGGAGUGGCACGCAUUCCGUGCAAUUCUUGGUGCCGUUCGUGACUCUCGUUUUCUCGGCGUUCCCGCUGUGCUUACUGUGUACGCACUGCACUGCUGCUGAGGAAGUGAAAACGCUGUACUCGAUGCAUCGGUCGAGGCCGACAUUCAAGCGGGACAAAGUAACGCUGGAAAGGAGGGAGUGUGUCUGAAAUCCACAGGCUGACGUAUCUCUAGGAGUUUCUAGUUCGACACGAAACAUGGUAACAAAGGCCGGUUCUCCGUCGGAAGACGGACCCUCUAGAAAGUCGAACGCAGAAGGCUCGAAAAUCACGGAUGAGACGAAUACUACAUUGGCGGCAGGUGAUGGGGACAGCGACGAGACAUCUGGAGAUGAGACGGCUGAGAGAGCGGCCCUUCGUGGAGGCACAGGAGGUGGUGCUCGAAAGCUUAGCCGAGUAGGGAAAGAGGUUCAACGCCGUACGAGUAAAAUGAUCAACACGAUCAACACAAAAUUCAAGCGGGAAUAUUCUCGUGGUUUGCAGAUGCAGGGUAUCGUCCCUGCAGCCGACGACAUGGCAACUGCGGCAAAUUCCACGAGCACAGGCUUCUUUUCUCCCCCUUCUUUUCAACUCACACAAAUUAUUCAUGACUCCAGAUGCUUCCUACCUCGAGUGGGACAUGUAUGCGUCGCUUCGGGCGGGGACAUACUCAUUUUUGGUGGAGUGGAUCACAAACAAACGGUCACAAACGACUUUUUGCGAUAUGUGCCGGGACUAAAUGUUUUUGAACCUAUCAAGGCCCAAGGCGACAUUCCAUCUGCUCGAUCGUUCUGUACGAUUGUUCCCUGCGUGGCAAGUGGAACAAACCGAGAGCAACUGAUUCUCUUCGGAGGUUGCGAUGAUGGUGAACAGUUGUCCACGACUUACAAGUAUGACCCACCAAUGCGGACAUGGACAGCUGUUCAGACUGAGCACAAACCGCCUGCACGACAUGGUCACGUGGCCUUGGUCAACGACGGACGAGUGUAUAUUCAUGGAGGCUAUGAUGGCGACCGGGUGAUGGACGAUAUGUGGCAGUUUGCUGGUGCAGAUUGGACCCAGGUGCAGUAUCGGUCUCCAAAAGGAGCUGCUCCCGGGACACAGCUUGCGGAGACGAUAGCGAUGCCGGCUAGGACAGGUCAUUCAGCAUGUAUGUGGCUACACAGUCGACACAAAGUUCCAUGCUUCUACUUCUUCGGCGGAGAUGUGUCCGGCACUGGAUCGGCAACAAAUGAUCUUUGGAUUUUCACCUUAUCUACCUGUCGAUGGAACCAGAUUGUUGACUAUGCUGGCAGUGCUCCGCCACCGCGAUUCAAGCACGGUUCUUGUAUUUUCGACAACCAUUGGAUGCUGGUUUGCGGAGGCGUAAAUCACGGCUGGUUUAGGGACUCCGUGCUCGGUGACAUGUACGCGUACGAUAUGCAGGCGAACUGCUGGUUCUCGAUCAAUGUCCAGUCUGUGCUGAGUCCGGCAAACGUGGAGCUGUCCAACCUGACCGUCAUCCAGAGCACGAGGGCCAUUUAUUCAUUUGGUGCUCGUGAAGAGGGUACAAACAGCUCGGUGGCAACCUGCGAUGUUUUCCGGUUGUCCCCGUUGGUGACGUUUGUUAGCUUCAGCGCACUUCGACUCCAGGUGGAAGCACUGGACGAGAUUGUGAAACUGACUACCGAAACACAGUCCGCUGAAAAGGUCGCGAAACUCGCCCAGAUGCAGAACGCAAUCAGCAAGCUUACGGAAGAGAUGACUGCUAUACGGGAAGAGAAUGAAAGCCUGAAAAAGCGCUUGUCAGAAGUAGAACGGUUGGUGCCGCGAUAA